AUUCUUUCGGUUCGAAUCCUGGCUGUCUGCGUGCGACACCUCAGCGAGUGGCUCGUGUUGUGCCCAGUCUAGCGUGUCCAUGUUGAACUCCGACGUUCAGGUUGUUGUUGUCGGUGACUUACAGUUUGUGAGUUAAGAAGACAAAGAUGUGUCUUUGUUGUUGUUUACAUGGCUGAGGGCUGAACCACCAGUUACAAUGGAAAAUACAACCAGGGUCAUGUGAUACAUACGUAUGGACUGUCUCGCUCCCCACGUUCCUCCUUCACAUACUGCAGAUGUGUGACGAAGGUGACGUGUGUUGUUUAGCCCAUUUCAGUAGGAGUGUGUCUGUUGUCAGUUGUCGCUUUGGAACAGAUUGAAAUGUAGAAUGACUUCAAAUGAAUUCCUGUGUUCAGUCUGUGCUGGUUCUCAGAGGAGGAAUCCGAUCGCCUUCAUCAGUUUUUGGUGAAAACGGACGAGAACAGUUCAUUAGAUGCGUCUCUAUUAGCGUGAACGCAGCGUAGGGCAACGCACAGCUGUCUGUUUGUGGUUUUAUUUAGGGGAGACCAGCAAAUUCUUUCGGAAGUAUGGUGCAAAACAGCAAUAGAGGUCAAACGUUAAAAAAAGUUUCAGAAAGAGAAAAAUGAAACGUGAGCCUGUCUGCGACCCACUGGCUGUGGUGCCAGUUCCGGUUUUGUCUGCCUCCUCUGCCUGCUCCAAACAUGUCAUGGAAACCAGAGGUUGCUUCAACUCAGGAUUAUAAAGAAUGAGACGUGAACGUGAUAGUAAAAAUGUACUAUUUACGAUAUAGACUCAGCACUCUGUCACAUGCUUCAUCACAAUGAGUCAUGCUCUUAGUUUUAGUUCCUCACCCAUCCCUCCCCCGUGUCUCCUCUCACGUCAUGUGUUCCACACCGAUGUAAACAGACCCAGCGGACACAAACUUGCUCAUCUGUCUCUUGUCUGUAUUUAUUUCCCCGUUUUCCCUCCAAAGCCGCCGUGGAGGCAGCCGCGGCGUUCACCUGGGUGAAGCCAGCUUUGUGCAUGAGGGCAGAUCAAUGUUUCCUAAAGUUUUACUGCAGUGGUGCGCAGCCGUCUCGAGCUGCGCAGCUGAAAUAGGUAAAACCGCCGCGGGGGCCCUUCACGUUCGUCCGUCUGCUUUGUCAGCAAGCUACUUGUGCGUGAGCUCACGGCACCGAGCCGCGCCAGCAGGACUCCGGCGGUGGUCCGGCCCCGCUCUGGUGCAGAGCUGUGUCAUCAUCAAACGAUGCUGAGCCGAUGGGUCGACGAAGGGCUCAGACACAGCGCCGUGCUUUGACGCAGCUGCCACUGUAGAUGGCAUUUCUGUUUCUGCAGAGCACAUGGCUGCUCCUCAUGCUUCUCUCAUCCCACCUCCACCUGCUUCCUAAGCAGGGCCACCAACACACGCCCGCGGGUCAGAAACAAGCUUCUACGAGUGUCGCGCAGACACUCGGCCCUUCGGCCAAGCAGACAAACAAUAACACAACAUGUCCCAUUACGCCUGCCACGUACAGUGUCGCACACUGGCUGCGUUCACACACCCCUGCCACCAAACAUGCUUGUUCACUCCUUGUUCUGCACUGACUGGACUCGGACAGAACAAAGAGUCUUUGUUUUGGGAGCGAGACAUUUCUGAGAGAGUCUGUCCGUCUCUGUCAGCCUCAGGAAGGAAGCCCAGGGCAUGCUGGUCCCACUGGACAACAGCAGGCUUCUCCCCGGCUCUCUCACUACUGUCUCUAUAGGCGUGUGCUGUCGUUCCAGCUGUUUGUGGUUUUACCAACUACGUGCAUUUCCUCAGAACAUCAGGAAACCUGUGACUCGACUGAUGUGCUGCAGAUACAGUAUGUGUUGGUGGAGCGGCAGUCGUGGGGUGGGGGAAGAAAACAUUAUGUUUCAUUAUCCCUCUUUAUGAGCUAGCAUCCUCAGUGGGCUUCUGUUGCCUUCUAAGACAGUGGAGGCAAUCAGGCAAACUGAUCGCCAACAGCCAAAUCUGGGCUUUUGGAUACUGUUGCUGGGGGUGAUGUAGAGAACAAGAUAUGCAGAAGUCAACCUAGGUCUGCUCUAAAUGUCCAGAGCCUCCUCUGGGACCUCUCACGUGACUUUUGUUUCCCUUGCUCUUUUUAACCCCUUGCUUUUAAGUGGAUAACAGCAUCCCCAUGUUCGUUUCCUCCUUCUCUCACCGCAGCCAAGGUGCGCAGUGACCAUGGCAACAGACGCCACGGAAACUAAGCAUGAGAUGCUUUUAGAGGUAACCGAACCCACAGGCCAAGAGAGAAGGCGACAGGGCAAAUUCCAGCCCUUCAGACGACUGUUUGGCAAGAAGAAGAAACGAGAGGCAAAAAGACGCUUUGAUAGCGCAGAUGUAAAGACGGGCUUUUCUUCUGGGGAAGUGUGCAACGGCGUUGUGUCCGACGAUGAAGAGGCCAUACAAAAUCUGAGGGAGUUGAAUCCCAUUGGAUCGCGAGCUCUCUCACACGACAGCAUCUUUAUCCCAGAGGAGCCGGCAACAGGGCCCAGUGCUGAUCACAGCAUGUCCCAGGAAAACGUCUCAGACAAAGUCAGAAAUCUGCAGAGGCAAAUAGCACAAGGUAUAAAGUUUGGACAGAGGCCUCCUUCCCUGAGGAGAAGUGAAGGAGAUGAGGGAAGUUCAGAUGAUGAAGAUCUGCCACGAAGCCCUCUAAGGGUGUUGGCCCAGGUAGAAGCCGAGCCAGCGAAAAUGGAGCCAAAGAUCCAGGGGGCUGGACCACAGAGCUCCCCAGUAAAGUCCCCAAGGUCAAAACGAGUUCUUCCACCCACUGGUACGAUCGAGUCCAUCAACCUAGAUGCUGUCCCACAGUCUGUUCCUCGCUUAGACAACACCGCUGCCAAACAUAAGCUGUCUGUUAAACCAAAAAAUCAGAGGAUUUCCCGCAAGCACCGGCGCUUUACCCAGGACCUCGAGGAAAUAUCCAUUCCUGGUGCCGUACAAGAGGACGAUGAGGCGGCUGGUGUAUCCACAGAUGCCCAGCGCCGUGGAUCUGUUGAAGAAAUCCUCAAAAAACAGAAACUCCAUGAGGAAGAAAGACAGGAGUUUAGGAGAAGGAGAGAGCUUGAGGAGCAGAGGCUCAGACAGGAGGAAGAGGAACGAAGGAAGCAACUAGAGGAGCUGAGACUGCGUGAGCUGGAGGAGGAAAGGUGUCGUAAACUGAAGGAGGAGGAAGAACAAAGGCGCCAGGAGGAGGCAGAGAAGAAGAAGAGAGAAGAGGAGAGGAGGGUCAGAGAGGAGGAGGAAAGGAGGCAGCGAGAAGAGGAAGAGAGGAUGCGGAGGGAGGAAGAGGAAAGGAGGGUGCAAGAGGAAGAAAAUAGGAGACGAGUGGAGGAGAAGAGGAGGAAGGAGGAGGAGGAAAGAAAGAGGCGAGAAGAGAUAGAAAGGAAGAAACGAGAGGAGGAAGAAGAGGCAAGAAGGCAGCAGGAGCUUGAAGCUCAGAGGAAAAGGAAGCUGGAGGAGGAAGUAGAGGAAAGGAGGAAAAAGGAGGAGGCAGAGAAGCUUCGACGAGAGAAGGAGAUGGAGGAAAAGAAAAAAAUGGAAGCAGAGGAGAUCAUGAGAACGGAGGCUGAGCAGAGGAGGAUGGCGUUAGAGGAGUCUGACGCCAGUUUGGAUCCACAUGAGAGAAAGAGGAGAGCUGAGGAGCUACGUUGGAGGGAGAUGGAGGAGAGACAGAGGCCCUUUACCUUCAAGGUUUCCUCUGGAGAGAAGCAGAUUUUGUUCCAAAAAGUCAACCUGACGCCUGUUACACCAACAUCCAGCCACCAGAGUGGUGCUACCACUGAACAAAGGGAGGGAGCUAACGCUGCUUUCCCUGAAGGAGCGGACUCCCCGACCCUGCCAGCAUCUCCGUAUGUCCCCCACACAGCCAUUCUAGUCACCGGGGCCCAACUGUGUGGGACAGCUGUCAAUUUAGACCAGAUCAAAGACACGGCAUGCAAAUCUCUGCUGGGACUGGGGGAGGACAGAAAGGUCCAGGGACCACUGCCAACAACGACUAAGGUGUCACCAGACCGCAAGUCUGGCAAAACUAAAUCCCUCAACGAGUCCUCGGCCUCUACGGACCAGUCCAGUGCUGCUGUCUUAGCAGAGUGGGCGAGUAUCAGAUCAAAGAUAUUCAAAGGGGUGGAGGAUGGCAAGUACGAUGACUAUCCAGACCCGAGCAGGAACCAGCCUCAGCCCAGCAUUGAAGACCAGCCUUCGUUUGCUCACACAAACCUCAGGAAGACUGUGUCUGCCAGCGCCAAAUUUUCAAUCACCCCGGCAAAAAAGAAGUUUGGCGACUCGAACCGAAGCUCUGAGGUGUUUGGUUCGGAUGAUAAGGAAGCAGUAGAAGAACCGACAUGCUCCCACAGUCCGACUGCAACCUCUUCAAGUCCGACUAGCAAACCUCAGAACAGGGUGAGUAAAAGCGUCCGCAUAGUAGAAAGAGGGUCCGAGGAGUGUAUGUUUGCCAAAGACCUCCCGUCAUUCCUGGUUCCCAGUCCUGGAGCAAAACCCGAGGGAGCAGACUUCAAGAUUAGGGCUCAGAGUGAGGGAGAAACCUCUGAAAGCAGGGAGAAGGCACAGGAGCCUGGCCAGGACAGCGAAGACAUGCCCUCGCCUUUUGGCAUAAAGCUAAGAAGAACCAACUACUCCCUGAGGUUUCACAGUGAACAGUCGACAGAGAAACGGAAGAAACGCUACAGUGCUGGGGACAGCUUCGAUGGAGUCCCUUCACCUCUCACCCCCAUUGAGCCAGACUCUGAUGCUUCCUCUGUCUUUUCAAACAAAACAAGUCCUGUGUCACCCCAAAAAGAAGGUGCAGUCAGCAAGUACCUGCACUCAUGUGCCUCCCCUGGCACCCCUCGGGCCAAAUCAAGCAAGUCCAGCAGCCCGUCUACACACUGCGAAGGUGAGAAAGCACUUUCAAAACCUUCCCUCUACCGCAGACCAACUACGUCCCCCAAACCUACCGGGUCGGUCCCGACGCCUCCUCCGUCACCUUUGCCUAAAGCAACCCAUGCUCCUCCCAGUGAUGCUUUGAUACAGGGCUCAGUGGGGGCAGACUUGUCCAAACAGGAGGUCACAAGCAGGAGUGAGGAAGCUUCAGCAGGCGCCCAUGUGCACGGAAGCAGCCAGGGUCAAGUCCAAGGGGAGGAGGAGCCGAAGGAGAAAAGAUCGUUCUUUCCGUCUAUCAACAUCCCCUGGAGAGAGAAGGUGGACAGGAAGACCGAGCUCAUCAGGCGAGAAAAACCAUCCCUCCAGAGCAGGCACUCACUGGACAGUACCAGGGUCCAGGAGAAGGAGGCUGGGCCACUGUGGAUCACGCUGGCGUUACAGAAGCAGAAAGGCUUCAGGGAGCAGCAGCAGAACCGGGAGGAUCGUCGCAGCCAACGAGAGGCCAAACUGGCCGAGAAGCAAGCUAGAGAGAGAGACAGUAUUACACUGGUGAGUCCCACAGAGAGCAAAGGAGGUGCCAGCACGAGUCCUGCUUCUAAAGCUCAGACACCAGAGGAGCCCAAAAGACCCGACAGCCUCCUGGGACGAUUUGAGCGCAGAGAAAACCUGAAAAAAGCCAACACUUUGCCCAGCUCUGUCACUGUUUCAGUCGAGAUUGCAGACUCUACACCAUCGCCCCCUGCUGUCAAGGAGGUGUCAAAGCGCUUCCCUUCCGGUGACUCUCCGCAGGUGUCCACCGAGCCGGCCUGGCUGGCCCUGGCCAAGCGAAAGGCCAAAGCCUGGAGCGACUGUCCACAGAUCAUCAAAUAACACACCGUCCUGACACGACUCUCGGCUCCGGCCCGCGUCGAGACCGCACACUGCCCCGCAGGCUCUGAAGCGCCCUGAGAGUCGACGUCACAUGCCUGCUUCCCCCCUAAAGCUCCACAUCUGAUCCGUCACCAUGAGAAUGCUCCUAACUGUGAACAAACAAAUUUGAGCUCCCCAUCACCUCGUAACCACACACACUGGCUGGAACUAUUAUGAAGUCACAUUCGAAUAUUGUAAUAAAAUUGCAGAUAUAUGUAAACAACUGUUGCGAGCAUGCACAUACUGUAUACAGAUACACAAAGUAUAUGUCCCCAAAAGAGUCCUCAGCAGCCAAUCAACCGUGGCUGGCCAGUGCAAUAGCCAAACCCCUUUUUUAUUUUGUAGCCAAUAGUGUCACCAUGGUUGUAAAUACAUAAUCCACCCAACACAAUUUAACACUUUUGUAUUGAACAGCUGAAGCUCUGACAUAUGACAGAGGGGAACUGAACUGUGUUUUAAGGGCUAAAAGUAACAAUAACUCAACGUGACCCUGCUGAGUCUGCUGGUCAACAGCUGAAGGAUGUUACAGGCAUCUCCUCUGCCCUGGAUGGUGAGAUUUAUGUACGACAGCUGAUUCAUCCAUGUUGAAAUGAUACUGUAUCUCCUCUGAGCCUCGUUUGUCCUGUACAAACUAAACGUUUUUUUUGUACUCUUACUCGAAACCUUGGCGUAACAAUUCUCACUGUGUCCGUGAUGACUGUGACGGCUGUCAAAGCUAUUGUACAACUAGAACAGAAUCCUGUCCUGAUCGCUCUCUCUCUCUCUCUCACACACACACACACACACACACACCUAUCCGCUGCACUAAAGACCACACGAUACUGGGCAUUUCCAAUAAAGUCCAAACUAUCCUCACAGUCGUGUGAUGAAGUCAUCCGGACAUCUUGCUCCUUUGACGGGGGACCCGUCCACCCGCUUGCUGUAACAUACGAUUCUCGUAGCAGUCCUCAUGUAACACACUUGUGUUUGUAGGCUUCUCCCAUCACUUCCUUAUAAAUGUAAUACAAUCCUACACAACAACAUGAGCAUCUCUUCUGACGAUAACAAAAAAGCACUAAUUUCCAGACAUUCACUUAAUGCUCUGUAUGUAUGUAAGUAUGUACUGUAUGUAAGUCGAAAGCGUUCGGGGCUUCGAUCAGAGGCCUUGAAGGCAGCUCAGUCACUUUGUCAUUUUGUUUCUAACUUUGGUCGUGCACAAUAGUGUAGUGUACGCAGUGUUAGUAUAUGUAACAAAAAUGUUUGGUAUUAUUUGCACUUUUUUUGUCCCACUAAAAAGAUAUUCAUGAGAACAUUCUUAAAAAGAAAUAAAAUGUUAUGGAAAAUGUAAAUAAAUACUGAUGUCUGA